AUGAAGGCGCGAAGAGGAAAGCGAUCUGAGCCAUUUUGGCCGUCCAUUGUGAUGAAAAAAUGGCUGAAUAUAAAGCCAAAGGUUAAUGAUUUUAGUGAAGAUGAAGUUGAUACAGAAAGCGAGGAUGAUGCUUGUUCCGUUAAAGAUGAAGGGAUGAACAAUGAUAAUGAAUAUGCGACACAGAGAAACCAAUCCUUAUGCUCAAGUCGAACUUCAAGCGGGACACCUUCGAAAGAGUAUUGCCUAAGACACCGGAGAGGAAAAUCAGAAACUCUGCGUCUUCAGUACAUAAAUACAAAAGAUGUGAGAGUAAUGAUAGGCACUUGGAAUGUCGCUGGAAGACUUCCAUUUGAUGAUCUUGAAAUUGAUGAAUGGCUUUGUAUGCAAGAUCCAGCAGAUAUAUACAUUCUCGGAUUCCAAGAGGUGGUUCCUUUGAAUGCUGGGAAUGUACUUGGAGCAGAGAACAGAAGUUCAAUUCGGAAAUGGGAGGCUAUAAUCCGCAGGACUUUAAACAAAUCUUUGGAACCUGAAACCAUACACAAAAGCUAUAGUGCACCUCCUUCUCCAGUUUUGAGGACUUCUGCUGCUUCUGAUAUCCUUGUUGAUGUGGCUGACACCCCUGUGCUAAACAUGACAGGAAAAGAUUUUGUAGGUAUCAUGAAUGAUGGUAAUAAUGAAAUAAUCAGCACUGGCGUUGAUUCUGGCAGAAGAUUGGACUGGCCGGAACAAUCAUUGGAUGCAACACCUCAAGAUCUAUCUUCUGUAUUCAAAUUACGAAGAACAAUGAGUAGUUCUGCAGGAUUUGGUUUGGAAUUGAUGGAAAAUUCUCCUAGUUCCGGCACUGAGAAUAUUGCAUUAAGUGGUUAUGGGUUGAAAAGAGUGCACCAAAGUUCUGGAAACUUAGGCUUGAUCUGGAUGGAUCAACAAGUUGGACUUGAAGUUCUAGAUUCUCUCUCUGACGAAUCUGAUCAAAUUUCUGGAGAAGAAGAUGAUUCUGUUGUACAGUUACUAUCGGAGGUCAAACCGAAAAUUGCACAUUCAAGGAAAGCAGUGAAGUCGCGUCCACAGUAUGUGCGGAUUGUAAGUAAGCAGAUGGUUGGAAUAUAUGUAUCGGUAUGGGUGCGUAGAAGAUUAAGGAGACACGUAAACAACUUAAAAGUCUCUCCUGUUGGAAUUGGGCUUAUGGGAUACAUGGGCAAUAAGGGAUCUGUUUCAGUUAGUAUGUCUCUUUUCCAAUCACGGCUAUGCUUUGUGUGUUCUCAUUUAACCUCUGGUCAAAAGGAUGGGGCUGAGCAAAGGCGUAAUUCUGAUGUUCACGAGAUUUUAAGGCGUACUCAAUUUUCAUCUGUCUUUGAUGUUGAUCAGCCACAGACAAUUCCAUCUCACGACAAGGUAUUCUGGUUUGGAGAUUUGAAUUAUCGCAUCAAUAUUUUGGACGCUGAAGUGAGGAAGCUUGUUGAUAAGAAGGACUGGACUGAGCUUCUCAACCAUGAUCAGUUAAUCAAAGAACUAAGAAGUGGGCAUGUGUUUGAUGGUUGGAAAGAAGGGGUAAUAAACUUCGCACCGACUUACAAAUAUGAAAUCAACUUUGAUAGAUACGUUGGGGAAAACCCAAAAGAAGGAGAGAAGAAGAGAUCCCCGGCAUGGUGUGACCGAGUAUUAUGGUUAGGAAAAGGUAUAAAACAACUUUUUUAUAAGCGAGCAGAGUUAAGGCUGUCGGAUCAUCGGCCUGUUGACAGAUGA